UCCAUUGCCUCAGCCAGUAUUACUAUCAACAAUAGGAUUACUCAACCGACUGCAUUUAGCCGGCCAAACUACUCCUGUGUCCUGCAGCUGUUCCUCCAACAGUCACGAUGGCCCUCCUCGCCCAGCGCUCUGUGAACGCCUCCGCGCGUGCUGGCCGCCCCAACCGCUCGCGUGUGGUGGUGCCAUGCAUCCGUGCUGAGAGUGGCAAGAUUAAGAUCGGCAUCAACGGCUUCGGCCGCAUUGGCCGCCUGGUUAUGCGCGCCACGAUGCUGCGCCCCGACAUCGAGGUCGUGGCGAUCAACGACCCAUUCAUUGAUGCCGAAUACAUGGCCUACAUGUUCAAGUAUGACUCGGUCCACAAGACCUGGCCCGGCCACGUCAAUGGCAGCAAGGACGGCUUCCUGGUGGAGGGCCGCAAGAUUCACACCUUUACUGAGAGCGACCCGAGCAAGAUCAACUGGGGCGCUGCCGGCGCUGACAUCGUGAUUGAGAGCACUGGCGUGUUCACUGACAUCGCCAAGGCCACCGCCCACCUGACCGGCGGCGCCAAGAAGGUGAUCAUCACCGCGCCCUCCAAUGACGCGCCCAUGUAUGUGAUGGGCGUCAACCACGAGAAGUACAACCCCGCCACGGACCACAUCAUCUCCAACGCCUCCUGCACCACCAACUGCCUGGCGCCCCUGGCCAAGGUUGUGAACAGCAAGUUCGGCAUCAAGGAGGGCCUGAUGACCACCGUGCACGCCACCACCGCCACCCAGAAGACCGUGGACGGCCCCAGCAAGAAGGACUGGCGCGGCGGCCGCGCCGUCAACGGCAACAUCAUCCCCUCCUCCACCGGCGCCGCCAAGGCCGUGGGCAAGGUGCUGCCUGAGCUCAAGGGCAAGCUGACUGGCAUGGCCUUCCGCGUGCCCACCAACGACGUGUCGGUGGUGGACCUGACCGUGACGCUGGAGAAGGCGACCACGUACGAGGACAUCAUGAAGGCGCUCAAGGAGGCGUCGGAGGGCGAGAUGAAGGGCGUGCUGGCCUACACGGACGAGGACGUGGUGUCCUCCGACUUUGUGACCGACCCCGCCUCCUGCACCGUGGACGCCAAGGCCGGCAUCAUGCUGAGCCCCACCUUCGUCAAGCUGGUGGCCUGGUACGACAACGAGUGGGGCUACAGCAACCGCGUGGUGGACCUGGCCCUGCACGUCGCCAAGAAGGCCGCCGUCAAGGUGUAAAGCAGCCGGCCGGAAGGCAGUGGCGGGCGGGCAGCUUGCUGAUGGCGUUAGGAGGACACAGGCUUGGACGGGCGCGAGUUGGAGCAGAUUGCUUCAGGGCUUCGGCGUGCGAGUGGUUGCGCGCGCCGGCCUCUUUGGUGUGUUGCGUUGUAGUGCUUCUUUGCGUGUGAGAGGGAUGUUGUCGGUUGGCGUGUGUGCGGACAAGGGUCGUGGGCACGUUGCCGCGUCCCUUGGGGCCUCUACCCUGGAAUCCGUGUGCGGACAUGGGGCACAGGGGGUGGCUGUUGAUCCCGGCCCUCAGCCUUGGGUCCCUGUGCCGGCGAAAGACGGCGCUCGUUCUUCAUUGGAGUGUGGAGCUGUAUUGGCGCAGUGGUUAAAGAAGUACUGCGGGCCGCCAUGAAUGCUGCUCAGCUUGCAUUCACUGUAUGGGGGCACUGCCGCGUUGCGCGCGCAACACGUCACAUCCGUUUGAGUGGGGAAGAGUACUGUGCAUGGCUGAUCACGUGGGGCCGACACGUGUGCGUGUGCAGUGGCGUGCAUUGGUGUUGCCACAUGCAGGCUACUGCACCUGGGCCAUGCGGCGACCUUCGGCCAUGCAUUCUUUCAUAAAAGGAUUUAGGCGUUCUUGCAUUAAGGACUGCCACACGGUGCGUGACGGCUGACAGGAGAUCUGAGUGCAUGUGCACUGCAACAAAUGUAAGCCCACCGCAUU